UUUAAGAAGGCGAUGGAACUGGCAGGGACAGAGUUUGUGUCACGCUUGGACUUUUACCACCGUUCUUGGCUGCCGGCUCGAUCUUUGGUGGAAAAAGCCAUCAGACAGCGAUUACAGGCGGAUGGCAGUGGAGAAGUGGUGAUCUUGGCCCAAGGUGGAUGCCCAUGGAAGGAGCACUUAUUCCAAGUGGAAAAAGAAAUCAAUCUGGAGAAACAAAUUAAAUAUGUGAUCUAUCCAGAUCAGAGCGCUAAGUGGAGGGUGCAGUGUGUUCCCACAGGUCCCAACACCUUUCAGAAUCGGCUUUCUCUACCAGAGGAUUGGCGUGGUCUUCGAGCAGAUGAUCUCUCCUCCAUUAGUGGCAUUCCUGGUUGCAUCUUUGUUCAUGCCAGCGGUUUCAUCGGUGGAAACGAGACACAGGAAGGUGCUCUGGAGAUGGCACGGAAAGCAUUGACGUCCUAGAGUUGUUACUACGUAGGAUACAGCCAACUGUACCAUUCAAUGCGGAAAAAUCUACAAUUUGUAUUUAUACCAUGUGGCAUCACUAAAUAUUUUUGUAUUGACCA